AUGUUGCGGCGCGUCAGCCAUCGAUCCAACGAGGAUCUCGAGAAUGUGGCAGACGCCUUAUCUCGCGUAGUUCGGUGGAUUUUACUUCGCCUGUGCGCGCCGACCACGCCUGUCCGUCGUAGCCGCAGUCGUUCCGGAUCUCCGGACUCCGUCGGGCACAUCCACAAACGUGUCCGAUCGGCGCCUCCACCACGCAGUCGGUCUACGAGCCGAUCACCCGCUCGGUCUCCCUCACCUUCCUUUUCGUUACCCGGCCAUGACGAUGAACUCCCUUCUGGGGGUCAGCCUGCCGAAGAUCAACCCGCAAAGAAGGUGCCUGCUGCAGAUCAACCGCCUUCCGAUCUGAACGAUCAAGAGGGAUCGGACCAAGAAGAAUUAGGUUCACCCCCUCGAUCUACGCAGGAAGACGGGUCGGAAGAGGAGGAGGAGUCUCCGGCCCGAUCCGCGGCCGACGAGGCAAAUUCCGAAUCGGAGGGGCCCGAUCAAGAGACCGAAGAAGAAGACGACUCGGAGGGGUCUGAUCAGGAGGCUCUAGCAGCCUUAGCUCGAUCCCGAUCGGAGGCUCGCCACCGUCAAUCUGCCUCGCCGGCCCUCUGGAUCGGCUCGCUCCCAAUCGUCCCACGGAACGCGUCAGUCCCGUCAUGGCUCACCUGGACCGACGCCUCCGGGAUCCCCGCCUGGUUCUCCACCUGGAUCGCCGUCGCCCGGUUCUCGCCUGGAUCGCCGGGGCGUCGUCCUCUGGUCCCGCCGUUGUUCCCGAUCGGUACUAUGAUCCCGGGUUUCAACGCCCCCAGGGCACUCGCUCAGACUGAUACAGACCCCUGGCCUUCGAUCCUGCUGGGACAGCUACAGAUCACCGGCAUGAUCCUGUCGACGCUGACCCACCAUCUGCUCCUACCCGUGGGCUGGCUCUUCCCGCUCGUCGUUCGGGGCAUUGCACAGCCUGCGGCCGGGGUUGGCUAUCGAGACGACCUGAUCACCGGACCUAACAUUACCGCGCUGAUGGCCGAUCGCCCCUGGCAGGCGCUGCAGAACCCGGUCGAUCCGUUGACCUUCGAUCUGGCGCUCCAUCGAGGCGCCGGCACCCGAUUGGAUCGGAUCGCCGCUGCCUAUCUUCAGUUCGAAGAGCAGAAUCGCCAGGCUUUCUGGGAAACAACUCAUUAUCUCCCGAUCACGGGCGCCCAGCGUCGGGAUCAGAUCGUCAAGCGAUACCAUCGCGAUCGUCGUGCCCGACGGAUCCGCCUCGGUGAUCGGUGGCGCCGACUCCUCGUCGAUAUGCUGCCGAUGAUGCGAGAGAUGUGGGCAGACGUCGAUCUGCUGCUGGACCCAUUCUUCCUGCAGAUCCCGGUGCGACAGCGGGACGCUGUAACCUGGUAUCCUGGCGUGGUAUCUCGCGCUGCGAACAUCGGCAACCCCACCCAACACCAUGGUGAACCGACUGACCUCCGAACGGCCCUGAUCGAGGCCGACACCCAUGAUCCCUGGCGGAACCAGUACCGCGCCCACCCCCAGGACCAUCCAGCCCAGCGGAUCCCGCGUCUCCGCAACAAGUUCAACCCCAACGUCAGCGCCCAACACCAGCCGUGA